GGUAAACGUCCGAUCUACGAGCCCGGGAUCAGCCCAAUAAUCAUCAGUCUGCGUGAUGGAGGAUAUCAGGGGCAAAGAGAGAGACAGAAGCAACGUGCACGCCCAAGCGUUAUAUAACAACUCAGUUCACUUUGAAUUCCAUGUCCUGGAGCUAGCAUAAUGCCCAUAAGGCACUUGGCAACCGCCCCCUCUGUCUCUCGCUUCUCUCCCACAUUUCGCACCGCUGAACAUGCUGCUGCCGCUGUUGCUACUGCUCACAGACGGCAAUUUGACAAAGAUCCCAUCAUCGCUUCUGAGCUAGGCACAUUCAUGCACGCACAAGAGCGGAAUCAGCGAGCACUUUACUAGAAGACGCCUUCCGGACAGCCUGCAAUUUAAAAAAAAAAAAAAAAAAGGAGACAAAGUACAUUAUCUGCCCUGCACAGACUCAACAGAAUCCAGACGACAGCAGACUCUCCUACCUUCCAUCAGCCAUUUCCAAGUUUGAUAAACUGGAUGGAUUAGCACCAUGAAGACCAGAUUAGGAUGUUUAUCUCACAAAUCUGACUCCUACAGUGACUUGUCAGAGUUUCUGCCUCCAGCCCAUGAAACAACUGCCAGGUGUUUGAAAUUGUCAACAGACGAGGUUGUUGGAUGGUCUGAAUCAUUUGAUCACGUUCUGUCCCACAAAUAUGGCCUGGCCGCCUUCCGAACGUUUCUCAAAAGUGAGUUUAGCGACGAAAACAUCGAGUUUUGGAUGGCCUGCGAGGACUACAAAAAAAUCAAGAAUUCAACCAAACUUUUGUCCAAAGCAAAUAAGAUCUUCAAGGAAUUCAUUGAUGUUGAGGCACCGAGAGAGGUCAACAUGGACCACCAGACCAGGGAGAAGACCAAACAGAGCCUGGAGGAGCCCUACCCUGGCAGCCUGAAUGAAGCUCAAGCUCUCAUUUACAGUCUGAUGGAGAAGGAUUCGUACCCACGAUUCCUCAAAAGCAAGCUGUACCAGGACAUUGUCAAAAGGACUAACGACCGCGGCCAACGCCGAUCGCUCUGAUCCAACAAAGGGACAACCAUCGAAACUGCAAAGCCUCCAACCUUUUAAAGCACUUGUGAAGAGACAAAUAGACGUGCUUGAGUGUCUUCUCCAGCAGGUCCAUCCAUCCGUGCAUGCGAGUCCUUUGGAAAACGGAAACGUGGAGGGAUGAUAAUGUUAGCCCCGCCUACAAAGUCAUUCGGUGAAUGACAAGUUCAAAGCGAUCUUGAGCUACUGGAUCUUGCAUGGCCAAAAGAAUUUGGUGACCUUUUCUUCAUCUGUGUUGGGUUUUAUUUUUCUAUCCCUCACUUUAGUUUGUUUUGAAGAAUAGAAAACUUAUCAAUGUUGUCCGUCAGUUUGAACACAUUUUAGUUCUCUGAAUUUGCACAUCUUAAAAGUGGGAGAUAUGAUUUUGCUGUCCAUUACAUAUUCUCUCAUGCAUGACUCAAGUAAACCAAACUGUGAGCUGAAUAAAACUGAAUAU